AUGAAGUGGUAUCGUGGAAUGAAAGAAGAUCUGCGAGAUAAGCUAGGUGAAAGUUCGUUGAGUCAUUUGCCAUUUAUGAUGGCAUCCCACAUUGACGCUCCUUUGAUUUCAGCUUUCGUGGAGAGGUGGCAACCGGAUACGAACACUUUUCACUUGCCAUUUGGAGAGAUGACGAUCAUGUUGCAUGACGUUCAGGCGAUACUUGGGAUUCCUGUUGAGGGGAGUGUAGUGAGUUGUACCUACGACGACACGAGCAGAUCUCUUAUGAGCCUUAUUCUUGAGUUGCUUCAGGUGAGCGAUGAGGCGACCCUUAAAGCAGGGAAAGCGCCUAUAUGGCAGCGCGGUUGUGUGAAGACUUCUACUAUUAUUGGCAAUUUGGAGGGAUUGGCUAGGGACCCAGAGUGUGAGAUGACUGGUUGGCUAUUGACUGCUAUUGGAUGUUGUUUGUUUACUGAUAAGAGUAGAAGUCGGGUUCGCUCGCAGAUCUUACGUAAUCUAGAUCAUUUGGAUCGUGUACCGAGCUACUCCUGGGGCUCAGCUUGCUUAGCCUUUCUUUACCGCCAGCUGGGUAUGGCUACACGAUCAGAGUCACGAGGUAUUGGAGGUUGUCUCACGCUUCUUCAGGCGUGGAUAUACGAGCAUUUUCCAUGCUUCCGACCACGAUCGGUCAGGAAGGAUAUAGGACAUAGUGAUCCUCGUGCAUUGAGAUGGGUUUAUGCUCCAGAGAGUAAGGAUCAGACUAGGUUGACAUCGUUUCGUGCUCGAUUAGACAAGCUCACACCAGAGCAGGUUUUGUGGACGCCAUUUGGCGCCAAACCCGCCGCACCUUGUCCGAGGACUACUUAUAUUGGGCCCAUAUGUUAUCGUGACAUUGGCGAAAUGUACAACCCUGAUCGGGUUACUCGGCAAUUGGGUUAUGUGCAGCGUGUUCCGCAGGAAGUCAUUUUCUUUGGUAAAGCGUAUCGGCCACCUAACUCGAGGAAGUAUGAGGUGGAGUUUCAUGACUUGACACAUAUAGACAAGUUGUGGAAACGUUUCGCAGCCGAUGGUUAUGCUGCCAGUUUGAUUCUCGCGUCUCUGACUCCUGUUCCAGAUGGUGUGCCUUACUUGUGUGAAGAUGAUUAUGAUACAUGGUUUAUGGGUCACUCUCAUCCAUACAUUUGUCCUGUUUCUGCUGCAUUUCCACCGACUGUAGUUGUACCUGACCGCUCUCACACUGAAUACUGGAUUGGGCGAUAUAACCAAGUCGUUCAUGGACUUAUUGAAGCUCAUGAUGAUCCUCAUCACCCGAUGGUGAUAGCCGCCCAGAAGUUAUUGGAUGAUUGGAACUUUAUUUUGCAUUCCCAGUGA